UCCCAGAAUCCCCAGACCGUCGCAGUAAAUUGACAUUGCCAUCUUGGCCGUGAGGUCGUUCGUUUAGCUCUAAUGUCCUGAAAAAUAAAUGUAACAUUACGAAGUUAGCUAGAACAAUGUCGAGUCUUUCAGGCUUAGUUUGUUUUUUGAGGCGGUCUUGGUUACGCUUGGAAUGGACAAUUAUGCAGACUGUCGGAUUUGACAGACAGAUGGCUCCAGCAUUAGUGCAAGGUCCAGGACUCCUUCCCCUGCCUCUGCCUGAGAAUGAGCACCAACAGCAUCAGGAACACAGCUUCCUAGAUAACAUCUUUUGGAUGGCUGCCCCCAAGAAGAGACGAACCAUUGAAGUGAACCGCUGCAGAAGGCGAAACCCUAAUAACCUCAUUGAAGUUAAGACUAACAUCGUGCCCUGCCCUGAGUGUGGACACCUGAAGAUGAAGCACAUGCUGUGUGGGUUCUGCUAUGAGAAGGUGCGGAGGGAGACGGCAGUGAUCCGGCGUCAGAUACAGGCCAUGGAGGGCGGGCCCCUCAAAACCCCCGCGGUGCCGAGGGUCGUGGUCUACCAGGGCGAAACGCCGCAAGAGGGCGACGAGGGAAAGCAAAUCAUCGAACGGAACCGGAAGCGGCCUUCCUGGUUCACACCAACCUGAUCUUGUAAAUUACUCCAUAGCACUGUUUUACUUUUUUGUAUACCGCAGGUAAUUAAAUAUGUGUCGGCACAGUAUGAGUGUGUGUGCAA